UUAUAGAGCCCCUCCUCCAACACACACGAACGCGCACAUGACCAAUGAGGGUACGAGAUAAGUUUGUGCACAGAUGGGAGGCUGACAGGCCAUUAAGUUAUUUUAGCCUGGCCGGCUCAGAUGAUUGGUCGCGCUUUUUACAGCACCACGGCUUCCACAGAUGAAAUGUUUGUAUGUAUUUAUUGUCAAAGCAUUUCAUGUAUUCAUUGCUAUCGGGAUGUUAACAGCAUGCCAUGGAAUAUAAGAAAAAGCGUUUCUAAAGUGAAUAACCUACCCCACCUUUAAUGGUCAGUGAUCGGUGUUUUAUUUUGGAAUUCAGCACCGAAAGUGACGUUUUUUUUCUUCUGAAUUGACUCUGUGGAUCAAUCCAAGAGCGCUGCAAGGCACUACAGUCUGUGUGCAUGCGGGGAGAGACGCAUCUCUCUUCUCAUCAUUUUAGUUUUUCUUUUAAGUUUUUCAUUAAUGAACUCUGUUUUGCUGUGUUUAUAUCUGGAUACGUAUUACGAGUGUGAUUGCCAUGGAACACCAACAUUUUACAGGGAAGGUUACACCGGGAGAGGUUUUACGCAUCGCACAUCUUGGGGCAUCGAGAAGGAAUGCAGUGUAGACGAAUAUAAAAAUUGGACACUAUAAGAGAAACUGCACUCGGCGUUUGGUUUGUACACAAUGAGGUACGGAUUGGUGGUUCUCGCUGCUGGAUUUACAGCUUUUCUAAGCUUUAGCCUCCUCGCUGUGGCUAUUGGGACUGAUUACUGGUACAUUAUCGAUGUGAAUAAACCCAACUGCUCAGGUCCAGACGACAUGAGUUCCCAUUCUGGACUGUGGAGAAUUAAUGAAGGGGCGAACAUGAGCUCCGUCAUCCCUUCCUUCACAGCAAACAUGUCCAGUCUGUCAGAAGCGGAAAGGCACCUUCUUGGCUUGCACAAGGUGGUGGUCAUCAUGUUGCCCCUCAGCCUGGUGCUGCUGGUGUUCGGCUGGAUCUUUGGCCUCGUCAGUUCGUUGGCCUGCAGUCCCAACCUGCUGGCUGGGUCCGCCUCCUACUUUCUCUUCUGCAGUAUUUGUACACUCUCUGGGGUCUGCAUCUACAUCAAAUACUCAAACCUGGCCAUGGAGGAGUUCCAGCGGAUGGUGUCUCCAGAGAACCUCGCCCAUGUGAACGUGUCCUUCGGCUGGUCCUUAGCAACAGCCUGGCUCUCCUACAGCCUGGAGGUGGCCACUGGCCUGCUGCUCCUGCUAGCUGCUCGAAUCACUCAGAUGAAGGGGCGCUUUGACUCUGGUGUAGCCAUUGCCAUGUUAUAGAUAGAUGUUUUUAAUGCUCAUGUGCAUUUUGCAACCAACAACAUGGUUCUUUAUUUAUUUUUUGUAUUGAAAUGUAUUGAACAAAUUAAAAAGAUAAUUGUAAUAUCACCAGGGGGUCAAGGGAAGAGGCAACACAAUGAAGAUACAAGCUGGAUUUGCAUAAUUACAACCAUAUUGAUGCUGAAAAGGGGCGCAGUUUUCACUGCUCAUUGUGAAGACAACCUGUCAUCCUCUCUCUAUUAUUUUAUGUCCAUUGUGCCAGUCCAAAAGGAUAUUAUAAAUGUGUCCGCACAAACAUAACAAAGAGGCUUACCUUUGAAUGUUUCUUUGUAAGGUUUUUAAGUAAUUUCCACCUUUUGUUGCUAGAUUCCAUUUGUAUGCCCAUGACACUGUAAACAGCAGAGUGUACGGGUCACACUGAAUUCAGCUGGAGGUUUUCUGUGAGAUGUGUCUUGAAAUACGAUUGUAAAUCAUAGAGGGCAGCUUCAUCUACGAUUCAAAUGCAAACUCACUGCCCUGCAAUAUGAAUACAA